AAAAAAACGACCAGAGUAAAAAGUCGUCACUUGCAUUUACAAAUAAGUUGUAUUUCGCCUUCUGAAUAUAGUUGGAUUAUACGACAGGUGUUCUUUGAUUACAGUUACACCCCCCGUUCCCCUCACUCCUCAAAGCUUGCACUUGUAAAGUUCACACUGAAAUAAAACAAACUUUUAAACAAGUUUAAGGACAAAAUAAAGAACUUUGUUUGUGUAAAUGCCUUUGUAAAUCCUUAAAACAGUCAUGAAGAGUGUGUAUUUGUGAUCUGUGAUAUAGUUAAGUGUUUUGUGAGUUAAAAUUAGUUCUAAACAAUAAAAAUGUCGGACUCUUCUUCAGCUAGUGGUAGUUCAAAAUCAGCUCCUCUCGUCUCAAUAAGUGAAGUCAGUGGAUUGUUCGAAUCUGCGAAGAAAUAUGAAGAGCUCAACGUCAUUGGCACGGGUGCCUAUGGAACCGUCUACAAAGCGAGAGACCUUCUCAAAGGCGGGCAGAUAGUUGCCAUGAAGAAAGUGAAGGUGGCGCUGACCGAGGAUGGGAUCCCGCUGUCCACGCUGCGGGAGAUAGCACUGCUGCAGCAGCUAGGGGCUUAUAAACACCCCAACAUAGUCAGGUUGCUGGACGUAUGUCACGGCGGUCACUCCAUGGAACGGGAGCAGCUGGUGCUGUUCCUCGUCUUCGAGCAUGUGGAACAAGACCUGGACUCGUAUCUUAAGCGGGCUCCGGGACCGUUGUCAGAAAAUAGGAUCCGGAGCAUGUCCUACGACAUCCUCUCCGGCGUGGACUUUCUCCACUCCCACCGCAUCGUCCACCGAGACCUGAAGCCACACAACCUGCUGGUGACGUCUGAAGGCCGCGUCAAACUUGCAGACUUCGGCCUCGCCAAGACUUACGAUACUGAUAUGAAGCUCACCAGUGUGGUGGUAACCCUGUGGUACCGGCCUCCCGAGGUCCUGCUCGGGGUGUCGUACAACACCGGCGUGGACGUGUGGUCUGCGGGCUGCGUACUCGCCCAGCUGCACUCCCGGGCCCCUCUGCUGCCUGGGGCGUCUGACUCUGAUCAGCUGCACUGCAUAUUCAGAUUGAUUGGGCGACCACCCAGAGAAGAGUGGCCGGAGAACGUGUCCAUCGUAGCGGACAGCUUCCCGGAGUACCCUCCACAGGACCUGGCUGAUGUACUGCCCAGGAUACACCCCCACGCCCUGGACCUUAUACGGCGCAUGCUGGUGUUCGACCCGGCCAAGCGUCUGACGGCGCUCGACUGCCUGGAGCACCCUUACUUCACCGACGAGCCCCUCACGUAA